UAUAAAUGCAACCACGACACAGGGGAACAUACUAGUAUAGGGAAACGUUUUUGUUUUAAUAGAAAGGUAAAUGUUGAUUAUCUUUAAUGUUAUGACAAUCGAUAAAAUUUGUAUAAAUCACUGGUACUAAAUUAAUUUUUUUGCUGGCAUCCCUAUUCUAUUUAGCUCCGCCCAUUCGGCCUUCUUGUCUUGCGCGCGCGCUGCGCUGGUGUGUCGAAUUAUUAGUUUACUUUUCUGUCAAAUCGCGUUCUAAAUAAUCAUAUCCCACGUCAUGUGUUUAGGCGACAGAUUUGAACCGCGUUAAGAAUAUAGGUUCAGAUAACAUAAUUUUACGGUUACACUGUUGUAUAUUCGGUUAAACGAGUGACAUAUAAACGUAUUAGGGGCAUUUGACGUGUAUUAAUUGAAAGCCAAAAUCAAUACCUGCUUCUAGUACUUUCAGUUCAUAAUUUCUCCAGUGCUACGUUACUAAUUAGCAGGUUUAUUGUUUCUAAUACCAUGGCCGCGAAGAGCAGCACGAUGCCAGGAAAGAAAUCCAUUUUCGUCGCUUAUUUUAUGUGGCUUUUUACGGGAAUUUUUGGGGGACAUCAUUUUUACCUUAGGCGGGAUCGACAUGCAUUUGUGUGGUGGACCACACUGGGUGGUUUUAUAGUAGGGUGGCUCGGCGAAAUUUUUAGAAUUCCUCGGUAUGUCCGCGAAGCCAAUGACGAUCCACAAUAUGUGGAAGAAUUGGCAAGGAGAGUAAUCCAGAACAAAAAGCCGCCAUUUUCUAUGAAUCGAUUCACUGGGAUGCUGAUGGUUGGAUAUUCCUGGGCGCAAAUGACAAUGUUUGCCAUUCCUCCGGACUCAUUCUGGGGUAUAAAUCUCCGAUACUUGAACCUGCUGAUUCCCGUGGCUCUUGGACUUGAUAAAGCAAGACGUCAAGUGGUGAAGGGAAACAAAGAUAAAGCUAAAACUGAAAUCUCAGUUUGUGAUAUGGAUGAUUCUAAGGCUAAGCCUGAGGGUGUAUGGACUGUAGGCAACAUCGGGAAUGAGGAGGGGUCUCUCAAGUGGCCGUUGCUUGGUGCCUUUGCGGCCUAUCCAAUCCGCUACUAUGUCUUUGACGAUAGUAUCUGGUUUACUAUUAUGCUUCUUGCAUCGGCCUGUGCAUUCGAUUCGUACUCCAAGCGUUGGCGAAGGACCCCCAAGAAGAAGACCCAUAACGUUAAGCGUGUUUCCAUCCUGGCUACUUGUGCCUGCAUAUACCUGUCACUCUGGUGCAGCUAUCUGUAUUUCCAUGGUACAAUCACUGACAGCGAAGGCGAUGAAGUACCGAUAUACGAAGCUUUACACCACUUCUUCACAAGCCCCUGGUGGUUAGAUGUAAAGCAAUGCAUUGCUGAAACUUACCAGUACGCGCAGCAUCACGGAUGGUAUGAGGUCUGGAAGCAGAUCAUAGAUUUAUCGGACCCUCACGGAGAACAAAACGCUUACAGGGGAAUUUUCCCAGCGGCCUGCGCUUGUGAAUUAGGACCUUAUGAACGAUUAAAGGCGGUGCUGGGAGUUAAUCGCGAUUCGUCUCAAUCUGAAAUAACGUCAGUCUGGAGGAAGUUGUCUCGGGAGAAUCAUCCUGACAAAGUCAAGGACGAGGCAGAACGCAGGGCUGCUCAGGAACGCUUCAUGGAGAUCCAGCAAGCAUACGAAAUCCUGUCGAACAGCAAACACCGCCGCAACCGACGAAACAAAAAGGACAAUUCGGAUGAAAUAAACAUAUAGGACUGGGCCAUCGGUUUUGCUCGUUUGUACGUGCGAAAAACCGUAAUUAUAAUUAAUAGACUGGUUUAUAAAACGUUGGAUAGAUAUGAGUACAUCAUUAAUAUGCUAUCCCUAAGUCAAACGCUUAUUCUGCUCAUGUACGUCGCGGCGAUAGUUAUACCACUGAUGAUGAUUAGUUACUACGAAACUCUCGGUUACAUGUGUGACGGCCUAGUGAUCGUGUUGGACAUAAUAUUUAUAACUGUAUUUGUCAUAUGGUAUGCAUUAAAACUUCUGUUUGGUCGUCUUAUCCGUCGUCUUCGCGCCCUGUAAACGUAGCACUCUCAAGAAUAUUUAAUCUAAGUACUUUCAUAUAAUGUGUAUUUUGACUUGACUUCGUGCGUCUUAUGUCUACACGAAAAUCAUUUCAGGACAUUUGUAAGGAUUUACGUUACAAAAACAGAUAUUAUAAUUAUAAAUAAAAAUCAAUAAAAAGAAGCAUAUUAUAAGAUGUAUAAUAUACCCACAUAUUGUACUCAUUAAGCAUUUUUAAUAUGCUAUUAUUACAGCAAAGAAUUUCGAAUGAUUAAAAAUAUGGCUAUUUAUUCCAUUAAUGUUAUUAAAUUAGAAUUUCCUUCAGUAUUUAUUCAUAUUUAUUCUAAUUGUUAGUGUAGUGUUGCGUAAGUGUCUAUUUACCUUGCUCUAAAGAGUGAUCGUAUUUAUGGUUAUAGACCUAAGUGAUGACUGAUAAUGAAGUCUUAGAAUGGUGGGAAUUAGAGCUUCCAAAACAGGAAUUAUUAUUAAAUUAUAUACAUUAUUGUACGUAUCCAAUUCUAGGUUCGAAGUAAGGACCAGAGCGUCUUCCUUUUGGCUCCACUAUAAUUUUGAACUAUUUUUCUAAACAAAUAAGACUAUAUUCAAUGAACUUUUUGAAUCUAAUAUAUUACUUUUUGAAUAUCAUUCAAUGUAUUUUACACACACCACUAAAAUGGUUGGUAUUAUAUAUCUUCAAAUGUAGAUUAUAACUAAGGGAAAACUUAAAUAAGUGUAGUACAUGUAGGACGUAGGACAUUGAAUGUAUGUUACUAUUUAACCCACGAUUUUACGGACUGCUAUUUGCUUACUAGACUGUAGUAAUUUUAUAUACAAGUGAAAAAAUCAAUAAAAAAAAUAAAAAUGUUACCUGUAUUAAGAAAACGAGCUGACUUUAUUAAGCAUUUAUAAGCCAAAUGUAUUUAUGUAUAUUAUUAGUAUUGUAUUUAUAUUAUUUAGUAAGGUGAGCGUUCUAAUUAGUAUUUACGUUUGAUAUAAAAGAUAUCAAUAUCUUGGAAUUGAAAAACUUCGGUGGUUAUUAUUGAUACGAGGCCGUCCAACCUUUUUCGGAACCAAGUUUUGAUAAAGUAGUUAGAAAUUAUUUAAUUUUAACAUUUGAAAUUUAACAAAAUUUAAUAUGUCUUGGGGUUUUGGCUUUUCAUCCCCAAGGCAGGUAAUUAAUGUAAUUUUUUUAACAUCAAGUCUGUCGCUGGAUAGCAUAUCAAUGCUUCAGUAGAACAUGGCAAAAAUUGAACGCACAAGUCGCAAAAUAUUAACCUUUUUUAAUAUUUAUGAAUAUUGUAUUAAGAUAAGUAUAUAUUGAUAUAACUUAUGAUCUUUAAUAUUGUAGUAUUUGUAGUGGCAAUGCUGAAUGUAAUCAAUGUACUUGUGUUUAACAUUAUUGUCUAUGAUAUUCCGAGUAAUCUAAGGAUCUGCUUCUGAGUAAAGUUCUGAGUUACCUACUGUUAAUCUCUAAUUUAUGAUCUUUAUUUAAAUUACAUUCCAAUUUCAAAUAGGUUUUAAGAAGAUGCAUUUGUAAGU